GAAUUGUUUGCUGUUUUUCUAGAUAUGUUUUACUAAUAGUUUAACUAUUUUUAAAAUUUAAGGCUAUAUAGGGAUUUGAUUGUUUAAAAACAAGUCUAGCCAACUGGAGGGUUUGGGGAAUUGUCACUUUCAAACGCUGCUGGUGGGUGUUUCAUUUGUUACAACUUUCCAGGAGGGCAAUUUUGUAUUACUCAUGGAAAGCCUCAAAAAUGUGCUAUGUCCCUUACUCAGGCAUUUCCAUCACUAGGAAUUUAAACUAAGGAAAAAGAAAUAAGCAUGUGUACAGAGACCAGUCUAUAGCAGUGGGUUCUUACCUACACAGUGCAUGUAGGUACCACAUUCCCGUACGUAGCUUUCUCCCCCACAGUGAUUCUUAACUUGGUGGGAAGUCUGCUUCAUUGAGUGUCUCAAGAUUGGGAAGGGGUGCUCUCUGAAUUUUGGGAAGAAUACAUCUCCAGAUUCUGGUGACUUCCCCACAAAAGUAUACACAAAAAACAACCUCUAAUUUGCAAAAAUGGUUUUUGUAGUUUCCUUUAUGAUAGUUGUAAACUAGAAACAAUUUAAGUGCUCAAUAAUAGGGAGAUGGGCUACAUAAAUUGUGGUAGGCGCAUGUAUUAGAGAACCCUUCAUUAACAGUGAGGUAGGGGAGUCAUUUAUUGAUAUGAAAGGAAAUCAGAAUUUGCAAACUGAAAAAGCAGAUUUGCAAAAUGGCAUGUGUAAAUUGAUAUGAGGUUUUUGGCUAUUUGCUUUGGUGGCUGAAUGUGAGAGAGUGAGCUUGUGUGUGUGUCUGUCUGUGUUUACAAUUUGUAAAAUGCUGGGAAAAAUAUAUACCAAAUGUUAGGUGAGAUUAUCUUUGUGUGUUGAAAUUACAGGUGACCAUUAUCUUUUUAUUAUUUCCCUGAUUUCCAUUAUAUAAAGCAUGUUAUAUAGUUAAGAGAAUGGGAUUAGAUGCUAUUUCCCAUUUACUGGUUGUGUGAACUUGGGCGAGUUCUGUGAGUUUUUCCUUAUCUGUAAAAUGGGAACAAUAAUAAUAUCCAGCUCAAGGUGCCUGCAGGUAGUGUUUGAUAAAUGUUACCUUGACCUCACCAAUCUGAUAUGAUUAAGGCCAAUAUUAUGUUCCUAUUAAUACAGAAUUUCUAAGCAGAAUAACUUGUUGUACAAGUUUUAUCAAACUGUUGUGAAAAGCAUUUCAGGACAUUCUGACAAAAUAUUUCAUUGCUUUUGGUCACUGGGAAAUAUCUUGCUGAAUUUUUAUUUACUUUAAAACUGAAAUGCUUUCUGUUGCCAAGAAAUUUUAUUUUGAAUUGAAGGCUUUUUUUUUCUUCUGUGUUUGCUUUUAAUAGUCUUGUAUGAUAGGUUCUUAAAGGUCAAGAUCCGAUCUUUUUUCCUUUUGUAGAGUUCAAAUGAAAUGUGAUUCACUCCUUCAGUAACUGUUAGGGGCCUUUUUUUCCCCCCAGGUGGUGGGCUGGCAUCAGAUCCAUAGCAGUGCCCUGGACAGGCGUGCCCCCUCACUUGCACGAUGGGGGAAGUGGCUGGUAUGGUUCAGGGCCGGGCCAGGAGUUGCACACACUCAGUAAAUGGUCUUGCCACAGCUGACACAGCUGACGGUCAAGCAGGCCUUAUUUCCUCCCCUGCAAUUCUGGAAGAAACUUUGUCGUGAGGUUACUUUUCAGUGUACACAAACAUUACCUCCUGCUUAUUCCAUAAAGGACAUGAGGAGCAACGAGGUUAUUUCCUUCACUGAAUUUUUACUGAUGAUUUUACAUUGUACCUGUGUGAGAAUAUCCGAGGCUGAUAAUCUUAAAAUUGCUGCAGUAUAUCUUCUGUGAAGGUCAUGCCUUUUUGAGGUUAUCUUUUAUAAAAUUAUUGAGAUGGGUUCCUACUAAUAAAUUUAGGACGAAUGGAAUUCAUGGGGAUCCCGUUUGAGAAAUUCUAACAGGUAAUCUUACUGAGGAUGAAGGCAAUAAAGCAUGCACUGAAAAUAUACGAAACGACAUUAAUUUUGUAAUUUCCUAAUGUAAGAGCGGUUUUUCAGUUGGCAGCGGUUGACAAAUUCUGACGUAGCGUAGAUGCAGCAGUCACGAAGGAAGCCUCAGAACUUUCAUGACAAACAGUGACCUUUCAUUUCAUUUCCCUCAUCCAGCCUAACAAAAGAAGAUGGUUUCACGAAUCUUUUUAUCUUGAGCCUAUGUCGAAUGCGAGGAAGGUUAAGUCAUGUCACAGUUCGGAGGCACCAGCAGAGCCAACAUGUUAUUCGUCAUGUAACUCACGUUUUUUUCUGUCUACACACUUGCUUUCCAUGGUCCACCUUCCCCCCUCCAUUCCGACCCCACUAGAACCAGCAGUUAGCUUUCUUUCAUUUGGUUGAGGGGAGGUGGCUUUUCAGAAAGAAAAACCUUUUAUCUCUCUCAAUGAGAGGGAUGAGUACGCCUUUGCAAGUGGAGAGCAGCCAAGCUGUGUUGACAUGCAGACAUUAGCCUGUUGGCUAGACAUUGAACUUAGCCCACUUGCCCUUUCUCCAAUGCCAGCGUCAAUAAAAGUACAGAUGUCUCUGUUGGGGAACUUUUCAACUCACUGGCGAGCAGUCAAAGCCAUGAUUGCUAUACUCACACAUUCCAAGGGAUGUAUUGCUGGGAUCAAAAGCUCAAAUGCUUGCAGGUGCAGUGGGGGUCAUGCACCUUGCUGAGUGGGUCUGAUCUGCCUGCUGUCUGUGCUUUUGGUAGAGACAAUCAGAAAUACCUUUUUUACUACGGGGUGGACAACAGUGAUCAUCUAGAUGGUAAGUGGCAACUGAAAUUUGUCUCCGUUCUGGAGACCAAUAAGGAAAGACACGGGGAGGCUGGAUGUGGGGCAGUGUGAGCUUAGUUUGGAAGGAUGGGUUGGUGUUUGUUAAGUGGACAAGGACCAGGGGGACAGACAUUCUGGGCAGAGGGCACAGCAUGCGCAGUGGACACAGAGCACGGCCCAGCCUGGCACGUUUGGUGGGACCCAAGCACAAGGGCCACGUGGGCAGAGGUGGAAGUGGGAGCUUAGGUGGCAUGAAACAGUGGAGAGCCCCAUGUGUCAAGCUAAUGUUGGCCCCUUUUCCAGUAGGCCAGGGCGAGUGAUGGACGAGUUCAGGCACGUGAGAGCAGCAUUUCAGAAAGUUGACUCCUGGCUGUGCUGUGGAGGGCUUGGGAAUGCAGGGACCAGUGCGGAGCCCUGCAGAAGAGGCCCACAGCAUGCCCGGCUCCUCAAGUUUGGCUGUGUUCUCCUCAUAAUGUCAAGGCAGUGACACAUGGAGUGGCGAAGACCACAAGCUCCUCUCAUGCCCCGUCUGCCAUGCCCUUUCUGAAAGCUUCUGAGUAAACUCGGUGCCAAAGCAUUCCGUGUGUUCGGAGCUCCCAAGCACAGGUCUUCUGGGACCUACCCUUAAGUUGCUAAAUGUUCAAGGGGUCCCUAAGUGUGGGUGGUAUUGUAAAAUAGGGAGCCGGGGAAGUCCGGAGGACGUUGGUCACAGGGUACAAACUUUCAGUGACGAGAUGAGGGAGUCCUGGGGGUCUCUUGGACAGCAUGUGACUGUCGUUAAGUUUGUAUCGUAUGCUUAGAAAUUGCAAUGAGAAUAGAUCUGAAGCAUGUUUACCCCGUCUGCACACAAAAAGGUAACUGCGAGGUGAUAGGCACGUGCAUUAACUUGAUUGUGGUAGUCGUUGCACAGUGUAUAUCGAAUCAUCAGGUUGUGCGUUUGAGAUGUAUCCCGUUUUGUCAGUUAUACCUCAAUGAAGCUGAGAAAUAAAUCGGCAGUAGGCACACCCACGGAGAGAUGGGAUAAGGAUAUGGAGUGAGAUUUAUUCUGAAGCAAGAACUUGUAAUAAUUUGGGCAGUAGUAAAGACAACAAUCGCUCAUAUUUAAUAUUCUUAAUAUUACUAUUGGAUUACUAUAUUAAUAUUACUAUUGGAUUACCUACCUGUUAGUUUUUCAGACUCAAAGUGAAUCCUCCCAUUCUAAUGCCACUGGAGGAUAGGAUUUUAGGCACUGUGAUAAAAUGAGGAGACACAGAGCUGUCCUUGUUACUGUUUUGGAGGUUAUAUUCCAUUAUUGGCCCCUUUCACUGAUCAGUCUUUGGUGUUUGUCCCACGUGUUGCCACUAAAUCAUGUCUCUUCCAACCUGUAUUUGUUCAUUUUCUGCACAUGAUGCCAUCAUCAGCAUCAGCAUCAUCUUAUUUUGGACCCUGAAAUUAUCAGUGCUAAAUUUAUCUUUUGUACUAGUUUAUUGGAUUAAUUUAUUAGAAUUCUCAUUAUUACGUGCAAUAUAUUUGCUAUUUUGCCCAUUUUUUUAAUCCACGGAUUUGAUGAAGGUGAGUCCUGUGUCAUCAUCCAGUUCAUUAAUGAAAAGGUCUAGAAAAACAGAACUGUGUCAUUUCUGUAGUAAUCUUUGUCUAGGUUGACAUCCAAUAAUUAGCACCCCUCGAGUAAGGUUGAGCAUGUGGUGGUGAAAGAACCCCCUUUACUCCUUUGUAUACAACCUGUAUUUCUUCAUCUUGCUCAUAAAUAUCUUUCAGGCAUUUAGAAAAGACCUUGUUCAAACCAAAUACCUCCUGUCUCUUUCUGAUGCUUGCUUUCCCGGGUCAGCAGCUUCAUCAGGUGAAGGGGUAAGGUGGGGCUGAGGUACACUGGCGUAGGGUCCCUUUCCUGAUAGGUUCCGUGGUCUUACCCAGGAUCAAUGUCAAGCUCACACGUGUCUCCUCUGUAGAAUCUGCUUGCUUGACAGAACGUUCCACAGAGCAUCGCUUUCCAAAACAGUUUGGCCAGAGACCAGUUCUUUCUGUUGUAUUUUUCAUUCUCUGUUCUGCUGUAUUUAGAAGUUUCAAGUGAAUGUAAGGUGAAGUACUGUGCUUCCAAAUACUUAAAAGAUGCUGUUGAUUAUGGUCAAAAGCUAAAGAUUUUGUUUUAAUUCUUUUUUUUCCUUUUUUUCUUUUGAGAAGCAUUUGCCUUCUAAAAUAAUGCUUAGGAUUUUGAGAUCUGGAAUUAAAUAAUACCAUAAAGAAAAGAAAAGGACCAUUUGAAUUCUUUUGGAGAGGAGAGCUUUGAGAUUCCAACCCCAAAGAAUGUUAAGGAAACAUUCAGGCACAUUUUGGUCAAUAUCUGUGCACUGAAAUAUAAAUCUUCAAAUGGUUUAUAUUUUAAGAUUAUUUCAACAGCAAGUCAGGAAUUUUUUAAUGGCAAUACAUUUUGAAAACAGGUUGUUAACUGGUGCCCUACGAACUGUACUUGGCCUACAAAUGUGUUUUCUUUGGCCCACAUAGUGUUUCAUAAAGAAUUAGUUGCCAGCAUUUAAAAAUAAGGAGAUUUCACAUUACCAAACCAAACCAAACCAGACCUGCAUCCCGGUCCCUUUUUGAAAACCUUGAAGGUCUGUGACUGCACUGGACCCCUGUUCCUCCAUGGUGGCUGUAGAGAAGUAAGACACGAGCUGGAGGCUUCCCAGCGCAGCUCUGCAUUCCGUAUUCCGUCCCUAUGACCAGCCUCACUCAUCUGCCUGGUCCUCAGAGUAGGUUUGAGCUUGCACCUGCAAAGUUAAAGAGCUAACCAAUUAGGGGUAUGCUUCAGAGUUGGGAGGAGAACAGGAAGGUGGUAGCCUUUUGCUCUUUUGUUCCCUAAACAUAGGUUGUUUGACCUCGGGCAUGAUGUGAUGACUGGCCGUGGCUGGGAGAGCAGGUGGAAUUUUCCCCCAGGAACGCAUUCAGCCAGGCAGCGUGGAGGAGAGCAGCGUCCCUCAUGGCAUUCCAGAUCUGCUAGUUCAAGGUGACGAGCAAGGUGUCCUAAGAAUAAAACAGCUCUGCAUUUGUUAGCAUGUGGAAAGUAGGGAAGGACUGACUACUUUGCACGGAUGAUGGACAUUUCCUUACGUUUGAGAAGACCAUCCUGGAUGGUGGAUAGUAAAAGAAUGAGGAUGACUUCACAUUUCCAGUGGCUCUUAUUAACAUUUAUUCUCCUGUACUUAAUGAACCAAGUAAAUAGCCAGAAAAGGGGGGCUCCUCGUGAUUUGAAGUGUAUAACUAACAAUUUGCAAGUGUGGGACUGUUCUUGGAGAGCACCCUCUGGAGCAGGCCAUGGUACCGUUUAUGAAAUUUGCAUCGAAAACAGGUCUUAUUCUUGCUACCAAUCAGAGAAAACAAAUACUAAAAUCCCUGCUCUUUUACCUGGUGAUCAUGAAAUAACGAUAAACCGUCUAUAUGAUUUUGGAAAUCUUAUAAGUAAAUUCAUAUUAAAUGAAAAAAAUGUUUCCUUAAUUCCAGACACUCCAGAGAUCUUGAAUCUGUCUGCUGAUUUCUCGACUUCCACGUUACACCUAAAGUGGAAUGACAGGGGUUCUGUUUUUCUACAUCACUUAAAUGUCAUCUGGGAAAUUAAAAUUCUACGUAAAGAAAAUAUGGAAAUCGUAAAAUUACUGACCUACAACACAACUAUGAAUGGGAAAGAUGCAGUUCAUCACUGGAGUUGGACCUCAGACAUGCCCUUGGAGUGCGCCACUCAUUCUGUGGGAAUUAGAUGCUAUGUUGACGAUCCUCAUUUCUCUGGUCGCAAAGAGUGGAGUGACUGGAGCCCACUGAAGAACGUUUCUUGGUCACCUGAUUCUCAGACUAAGGUUUUUCCUCAAGACAAAGUAAUACUUGUAGGUUCAGAUAUAACAUUUUGUUGUGUGACUCAAGAAAAAGUGUUAUCAGCACAGAUUGGCCAAACAAAUUGUCCCCUUAUCCAUCUUGAUGGGGAAAAUGUGGCAAUCAAGAUCCAUAAUAUUUCUGUUUCUGCAAGUAGUGGAACAAAUGUGGUUUUCACAACAGAAGAUAACAUAUUUGGAACAGUUAUUUUUGCAGGAUAUCCACCUGAUAUUCCUCAAAAACUGAAUUGUGAGACCUAUGAUUUAAAAGAGAUUGUCUGUACUUGGAAUCCAGGAAGACCAACCGCAUUGGUGGGCCCACGCAAUACAAGUUAUACUUUAUUUGAAAGUUUUUCAGGGAAAUAUGUUAGAUUUAAAAGAGUUGAAGCACCAACAAAUGAAGGCUAUCAGUUAUUCUUUCAAAUGCGUCCAAAUCAAGAAAUAUAUAAUUUUACUUUGAAUGCUCGCAAUCCUCUGGGUCGAUCGGAAUCAACUAUUUUAGUUAACAUAACUGAAAAAGUCUAUCCUCAUAUUCCUACUUCAAUCAAAGUGAAGGAUAUUAAUUCAACAGCUGUUACACUUUCCUGGCAUUUACCAGGCAACUUUGCAAAGAUUAAACUUUUAUGUCAAAUUGAAAUUAACAAAACUAACUCAGUUCAAGAAUUGCGGAAUGUCACAAUCAAAGGAGUAGAAAAUUCAAGUUAUCUUGUAGCUGUGGACAAGUUAAAUCCAUACACUAUAUAUACUUUUCGGAUUCGCUGUUCUACUGAAACUUUCUGGAAAUGGAGCAGAUGGAGCAAUGAAAAGAAAUAUUUAACCACAGAAGCCAUUCCUUCAAAGGGACCAGAUACGUGGAGAGAAUGGAGUUCUGAUGGAAAAAAUUUAAUAAUCUAUUGGAAGCCUUUACCCAUUAAUGAAGCAAAUGGGAAAAUACUUUCCUAUAAUGUAUCAUGCUCACUGGAUGAGGAGACACAGUCCCUUUCUGAGAUCCCUGAUCCCCAACACAAGGCAGAACUACAACUUGAUAAAAACGACUACAUCAUCAGUGUGGUGGCAAAAAAUUCCGUCGGCUCAUCGCCGCCUUCUAAGAUAGCUAGUAUGGAGAUCCCAAACGAUGAUCUCAAAGUAGAGCAGGCUGUCGGAAUGGGAAAUGGAAUUCUCCUCACUUGGAAUUACGAUCCCAAUAUGACCUGUGACUAUGUUAUUAAAUGGUGUAACUCAUCUCGGUCUGAACCCUGCCUUAUGGACUGGAAAAAAGUCCCUUCAAACAGCACUGAAACUGUAAUAGAAUCUGAUCAGUUUCGACCGGGUGUAAGAUACAGUUUUUUUCUGUAUGGCUGCAGAAAUCAAGGAUAUCAGUUAUUACGUUCUAUAAUUGGAUAUAUAGAAGAACUGGCUCCGAUUGUUGCGCCAAAUUUUACUGUGGAGGAUACAUCUGCAGAUUCGAUAUUAGUGAAAUGGGAAGAUAUUCCUGUGGAGGAGCUCAGAGGCUUUUUAAGAGGAUAUUUAUUUUACUUUGAAAAAGGAGAGAGAGACACAUCUAAAAUGAGGGGUUUGGAAUCCGGUCGGUCCGACAUAAAGGUUAAGAAUAUUACUGACCUGUCCCAGAAGACACUGAGAAUUGCUGAUCUUCAGGGUAAAACAAGUUACCACCUGGUCUUGCGAGCCUAUACAGAUGGUGGCAUGGGCCCAGAGAAGAGCAUGUUUGUGGUGACGAAGGAAAAUUCUGUGGGACUGAUUAUUGCCAUUCUCAUCCCAGUGGCGGUGGCUGUCACUGUGGGAGUGGUAACGAGUAUCCUUUGCUAUCGGAAGCGAGAAUGGAUUAAAGAAACCUUCUACCCUGAUAUUCCAAAUCCAGAAAACUGUAAAGCUCUACAGUUUCAAAAGAGUGUCUGUGAGGGGAACAGUGCUCUCAAGACAUUGGAAAUGAAUCCUUGUACCCCAAAUAAUGUCGAGGUUCUGGAAACUCGCUCAGCAGUUCCGAAAAUAGAAGACACAGAAAUAAUCUCUCCUGUAGCCGAGCGCCCAGAAGAAAGCUCUGAUGCAGAACCCGAGAACCACGUGGUCGUGUCCUACUGCCCCCCCGUCAUUGAGGAGGAAACGCCGAACCCGGGCGCGGAUGAGGCCGGAGGGACCUCUCAGGUCGUUUACAUUGAUAUCCAGUCUAUGUACCAGCCUCAGGCGAAACCAGAGGAGGAACAAGAAAACGACCCUGUGGGGGGCGCCGGCUAUAAGCCACAAAUGCACCUGCCCGUCACUGCUGCUGUGGAAGACCUGGCCGCAGAGGACGACUUAGAUAAAACUGCAGGCUACAGACCUCAGGCAAAUGUAAAUACUUGGAACUUAGCAUCUCCAGACUCUCCCCGAUCCACAGACAGCAACAGUGACAUUGUCUCUUUCGGAAGCCCCUGUUCCAUUAACUCCCGACAGUUUUUGAUUCCUCCUAAAGAUGAAGACUCUCCGAAAUCGAAUGGGGGCGGGUGGUCCUUUACAAACUUCUUUCAGAACAAACCCAACGACUAACAGUCACCGUGUCACUUCAGUCUGCCAUCUCAGUAAGCUCUCCGUCCUGGCGUUCCCGGGCCAGCACUGGGCAUCUUGGAGGGAUCCUGUGAAGUAUGUUAGCAAGGGGGACCUCACUGCGCGCAAGUCACGCUCCCAAGUGUUCAUGUGCUUUUAAUGUAGUCUCGCAGCCCAAGCAGAGAACUCAGAAAUUCAGUCCAUGCAACUCAAGUUUGGAAGCGAUCUGUGAUUGGAGCCAAAGAAUUCUCUCGUGCUCUACCUUCAGGAAGCACUUCAUGGCUAAUACUGUCCAGUCCGUCCAUGCAAAACGAAUCCCCCAGGCACGUGUUCUGUUCUGCUAAUGGUUUUCUUGUACGGAUGCUUUAUGGAAUUGCAAGCCAACUUACAGGCACGGGAGAAAAAUGUCAAACGAACAUGAUGUUUGUUUGCCUGACACUUGCUCCAUUCUAGAUGAAAACCAAGCACAGAUUUCAAAACUUUCAACAUUAGUCUCCUCUAUCCACAGCACUUAUACAAAAAAUUAAUAUAAUUUCUAAUGUAGUGACAGCUAUUUAGUGUUUUGUUUGAUAAAGUAUGCUGAUUUCUGUGCCUACUGUAUAAUGGUUAUCAAACAGUUUUCUCAGGGGUACAAACUUUGAAAAUGAGCGUGACACUGACCAGCCCAAAUUAGAAUCAUGUUGUCUUGCUUUAGGAGGCUUUGCAAACCUUUCCCUUACUCUGUAGCUUGCAUGCAAACUUCCCUUAUUGCCGUUGGUUGCCCUGAUAUUUAAAACUGAAAUUUGUAAGACUGGGGAUCUGAGUUUUGGGUUUUUUUUUUUAAAUCUGGUUUUUUUUGUGACACAUUGUCCGUUUUAUAAAUACAGGAGCAAAUCCAGUAUUACCGAUAAACCUAGAAGUGCAGUGAUUGACUAUCUGAGCUCACUGCAUUCGCUAUGUGUGCAGUUCUGAGUGGCUGCAGGACCCCCCAAGAGUGCCAUGUCGCGGAGCCCCAGUUCCCCGGGCAGUGGUGGUCUUUGACACCUCAUAGCAAAGGUUCCUCCUCAGGCAUUUUGGCAGCUUCUCCUUGUGAAAUGAUCGUCAGUCUAGACUAUAUGAUCCAGUCCUCAAAUUUUUAAAUCUAAAACUAAAAAGACAAUGCUUCCUACGGGAACAGUUCCUCAAGGGCUGUUCCACGCAAAGUCCAUGAGACUCCGUGGGUGUCUUCACAGCCUCGUCUGCCCGGCCUUUCUUGUCAUACGUGAUGUCUAGAAUGAAUGUGGUUUUUGGAAAGCAGAAUGAAAAACUAAAAAGCGUAUCUUAAUUUCCCCUACCCCCAGGUCAUCUAUCCAUUUUGUCUUUUGAUAAUUAAGGCAAAGUACCAGAAAAAUUGAAAUAUCUGAAUACAUAGAGAUGUGCCUGGUUUUGUUUUGUUUUGUUUUUCUUUUUUUAAUCAUCUGAGGUUCUGUGAUUAUAAUAGAUUUUUUUUCUAGGUCCUCAUGUUUCUUUAUAAAAACCAUGUCAUGGAAAAAAGCCACAAGGUGACAAGGUGCAAAAUCCAUUUGGGUACUCUGUGAAUCCUGAUUUUAAUUGCUAGAAUUCAACUAAAUUCUUGAGCUUCGUGAAAUAUGGACACGUGGAAUGAAACAGAACUAAUGACGUAUGCAUUUAGUAUAUGUUAAAACCAUGUAAGAGCGCCUAGAGAUUUUCAGCCAUGAAAGAUGUCUCCAACCAGAGCCAUCCCUGACCAUUUGCUGCUCUCAUUUAUCCUCUUGAGCUCCUCUCCUCAGCUUGCACCCCAGACACUCAGACCUGGGGCUGCCCGCAUUCCCUGCUGAAGCUUGUCCUCUCCGUCCCCCUCCUGUCCCCAGCUCCUGCCUCGUUCCCCAUUAAAGCCAAUGGAUCCUGUACUUCAUCUCUUUAGGAUAAGUGUUGGCUAGGGUGAAAGUUGAUUGCUCUGAGCUACACUAGACUGAGAACGGGGAAAAGGCCAGAAGCGACUGUUGGAUCUCUGCCAUCAGUAUAUGUGCAUUGCAGCUGUGGCCAUCUGGAUCGGUGCCCUUUCUAACCUAUAUAAUGACUCAUCUGUUUGGCUUACAGUGAAUAUCACUGGGCUCUUGAGUCCUUUCACCCUCUCCAAGACUCCAGUGCUUUGCCUGCACGAGGAAGGUUCAGAGUGCAGCUUACCUCUCCCCUGGCCCUGGAGUUCUCUACACAGUGAUCGCGGGGUGGAUGGGAAGCGGAGCAACUGUUAACUGGGCAAGCUCUUUAUAACCUUCCAUAUGUCCCGAAGUAUGUGGUUUAGGGCUGAGGCCAAAGCAGGAAUGAAACAGAACUAAUGAUGUAUGUGUUUAGUCAUUACCACCCCCGCCGCCCUACCUGGGCAUGUGGGGCAGCCUCAACACAGGGAGAGAAGACACUGCCCUUUGUCACAUACCCGGUUGCUUGUGGCACUGGAGACCCUGGGAGAUGUGCACUGUGUGUCAAUGCCGGGACCGUGCUCAAGUGUGAAAAGCAGUCUUGCAAUUGGUCCCGCUCUGUCCAGCCAUUUUAGCUCCUCUCCCUGGGGGAGGGGAAACUAAAGGCUAGUCGGUAGGGCAGGCUAGAUGUGUUCCCUUCAGCCCUUCCUGGCAGGCAAAAUAAUUGGGAGAUCCCUCUUUCCUCAACUAUGGCCUAGUCAUUGGUUAGAAAACUCUUUAAGUAUCCGAACUCAGUUAUGCCCCACUAUGUCUGUUUAAUAGUCAUCCAUAUUAGGACACAUUUUCCUAUCUCGUACAAGCCAGUUCGCUUACAAACCAAUUUCAGAUCAAGCUUCCCUUGUGAGGAAUGGGGAUUCUGGUGGUCAUUAUGACUGCAUUUCUCUUGUGAGUGGCCCUCCUAGAUAAACAGUGUUUAGUAUAAAAGUAUUCUCAGAAGACGUAGCUAGAAUUUUGACACUAGACAGAGCUUGUACAUCGCGUGCUGCAUGGAUUCGUGCCCAUGUGCAGUUGAAAUCAUCAGCGUGUGGAACUGUAGAAGCCUGGAUUUGAGAUUGUGGCCCUAGGUGUCCGGAUAGUUGUGUGUUUGUGUGCUUAGGUGAUAGAGAUGCUUUGUUCCUACAGCUUAGACUCUGGAGCAGCCAUUCAUGGGAAAGGUUAAGGGCAAAAGGAUCAGCCUCAUUUUCCAUACUAGCAUUACUUUCACGGCUCACGGAUCUGAAGGACGGCAUUUAGAACACCGAGUACUGUUGCACUCAGAAACUGUGGUAAAAGUCUCACUGUUAAAACUCCAGGCAACUUGUAUUCUUGUUGGAAAUCAUCAGUCCUGUAAUUUGUCUUCAUACAGUCCAUGUAAAAACAUGACAGUCUUUUCUGCAUUUGAAUAAUUAGAUGUAGGUUAGUGAAGGAGACUAGGGAAUAUUUUCUUCCAAGAGGAAUUUGAAAUCAGUUUUAUGGCAUUUUGAAAUUAAAGUACUCCCUAACAUAUCAAAAUGCAGAAAAUGUUAUCUCAAAUUUUUUGACUGCUCAGGCACAUAAUCUGAUAAGACUUUUUUUUUUUUUGUAUUUACUCUAAAGCAAUUUUUACUGUUUUCUGUUUUGAACCAUUUAAAAUUUGCAUACCUUUUAUAAAAUGCCCUUUUUUCUUAUCUGGAAAGACUAAAAUUAGGCAUCCCAGAAGUCCAUUGUGAUAUCAUUAGCUAAUUUCAAAACAACUAGACAACUAGGUACAUGGUGGAAAUUCAACGAGUGAUUGUUUAUUGACUUGAGUCCCAUUCCAGAAUGCGCACAUUAAAUGGUUUUCACGAAGGGUGGUUUGUACCAGGAUCUAGCUUGUGUAGACCCAAGACUAUUGGCUGAAAGAUUCAGAUCUACUCAAGAAGUAGCUCCGGUUUGAGCGAAAACUUGGGAAAGACUCAGCAAAAGCAUCACUAGAUCUCUUCUCCCCCCUCAUUGUGAGGUUCUGUACAUCUUUUUGUUUGAUGGGUACAAAACUUGGGAUGUGUUUGUACCAACCAGCCUUGUUCUAGCAAACCAACAAGACCUUGGUGUGUGAGCUUAACUAUUAAUAUAAGGACUCAUUCAUUCUCUUGAUAAACUACUUGUUCAAAGCAUUUAUUUUAAAUUGGUAUUUCCCACUGAAACAAAAUUCCGUGGUACCCUGCCCAUCUUACCUUUUAUAUCCAGAAGAAAAUUUUUCACAGAAAGUGAUUUUCUAAACUUACUGGAAAUGCUUCCUUUAGACAUGAGCUUAGAAUAGCAUUGGAAAUCACUUGGAGUAAAUGUGGUCUGUUUAUGUCUGAUUAUGUACCUGGGCUAUUAAUAUUUAAACCUCUUAUUUUCGAUAGAGUGGUGAGAUUUUUAUUUCUUUUCAGUUUGUGCCUUUGUCUUAACUAUUACAUGAUCAUAUUCAUGCCAGUCAUAAUACGAGUGAGCUAUUUUUAAUGCCUGUAUGGAGGAUUAAGAAGAACAUUCAGUUAAUUGAUAUGUCAGGCUUUAUUGUGUGUGGUCAAAUUCCACAGGAUGUGAUUUUAUCUAGAAUAUAUUCAAAUUCUCACAAUUAUGAUACUGAGUUAUGACAGGUUUCUGUUAUUUUUAACCAUGAGUAGUGCUUGUUUCUCCCUGUAUUAAGAAUGUUAAUAUUUUGGAUUAUAAGUGUCCAAGUUGUAGACAGAAUUCACCUAUGCAAGAUAGACUCUGUGCAACAUGUUUAUGAAAAUUAAAAGUAGUGUUUUAAGAGGGAAACCUUCUGAAUGUUUUCAUCUACAAGUGCCUAGCUGAAGAACCGUAGAAACAAUAAAUUCAAAAUCUCUCAAAUAAGUAAGCUAUCACUGAUUGAAUAUUAACCAAAUACAGAACAGUAAUAACUUACAUUACUUUUUGAUGGCUAUAACUGAACACCCUAAAAACUUAGAGAUGUGAUGGGAGAAAUGAGUAUUUCAUUGAUAAGGAAAUUAAUUUGUGUUACAUUUACAUAUAUUUUCUAAGAUUUCCUUUGCAGUAGCCACUCAGAACUUUAAAAAGCCAAACAGCGAACAACAUAGAUCUUACGCUGCUCUUAAGCCAAAAAUACUUGGUAUACCUGGUUGAAUGGCUUAUUUAAAUGUAUUGAAUUUCCUUACACAUUUAAAACGUACUUCCCUUCAGAAUUAUUCCAUUUUAAAAAUGGGUCACUUUCAAUUUCUGAACUUACUGUUCCUCCUAAACAUUCCAUUAUAUUAGAAAGAUUUGUAGGUGGUAAUAACAAUUUUCAUCGAAACUUGGACAAGUUAGCCAUUAGGUUUAACAUUAGUAUACUGGCAAUUGAUCAUAGAAAACAAUACUAAAUAAUGAUUUUCAUUAAAAAGUUUCAAAUAUUCAGCCCCCAGUUUGAUUCCAAAACUUUUUCCUGUUAUUUAUCAUACACCCUUCUAUUUAAUUUUUUCCUUCUGACAUAAUGUUUUGGGAAAAGGUGACUAUGUUAUGAAUAGUUGAAGACAAAACACAAUAAGAAACCCCUAUUCAGUUGGUCGUUAUGGAAGGGUGGGUAUUCUGUGCUGCCUUGGCAUUUGUGUUUUCCUAUAAUUUUCUCAAAAAGGAGCAUGGCUUUUUCUUAAAUACAUUUCAAUUCAGAAUUUCUUGAAAAAGAUUGGCCUAGAUGGAAAGACAUCCAAAAUUUGAGAUGGUACCACCUUAUAAGCAUGUCCAAAGGUUGAAAAUCAUUUAAAAAUACUCAACUAUCCCAAAGGAAUGUGUUGCCUUUUCUUCUCUCUCACUAGUUGGCCUUAAGCCAGAGGUCGUCUUCAUGUUUAGGAAAUUGCCAUUUUUUUACUCUCAAAAUUGCAUUAUAGUGAAUUACUGUUUACAAAAUACACAUACUGUGAACAGAUAGAAGUUUUUGUCUUUUAUAAGGUUGUCUGUAGAAUGAGUGUCUUUUUAAAAGGGUUGUUAUAUGUUAAAUAUUUUCAGUUUUUUUUUAAUAAAUACUAGUAACUGUUUACUAAUUUUUUUUGGUCAUGUGUGUGCAAAUGUAGCUGAAAGAUAGGGAGAAACUGCACGUCCACAACUGGUCCCGUUUUCGUUUCUUGAAAAGUUACCACUACAGACUUUUUUUUUUUAACCCGAAUUAUCAUUUGUGAUGUUCUGUACCUAAAAUGAUGCUUAAUCAUCGUAUAAGGAAACCUUUAAAUACACAUGUAGAGGAAGCAAAGUAUAGAUUGCAGUAUAUUGGUGUGAUUCAGUCUGAUUCACAGAAUUCCGAGUUUAAUGUGGAAUAAAACAACUCCACUUAACAGAGAUGACAACUGAAGUAUUUUCCGCCCUGUGAAAAUUUGGAGAUUAUGUUGCUGUUAGAAUGGAAAAUUUGAACAUUUUAUAUCAUAUAAUUUCAGAAUUUAGUUUCCAUAUCUUUUGGAGAACAUGGUUAUAUCAAGAACAUAGAAUAUAAGUAACCUAUUACUAAGACACCUUAAAAAUAAAACUAGUAUGCUUGGCUGUUAACUCUAAAGAUGUUACUUAUGUUUGUUUUUAAAAUGCAUGUAUUUAACAAUUUUAUCAUAGUAUUGUCAUGGAAAAAUAAAUAUAUUUUCUUACAA